AAUCUUGACUCUUGAGCUCUGGCUGUAUCUGAAAACGAGCUUCCCUCGGGCGAUACUCAUCACGUUGUCUACUAAUCGACCAAGAUAUAACAUAUACGCUACUCACCCACCCACUCUCUCUCAUCUACACACCCACCCUCACAGGAAGCCAGUCAUAGCAACACCUUCCCCAGUUUCGACUCCGACCUUGAUUCGCUUUCUUAACCCCUCAAAAUGCCCAUUUCCGACAACAUUUCAGUGCGGAUUCUCAAGGCGGCCGAGGAGGGCCGAUAUGGAGUUCCAGGAGUGGUUUGCUACAACCUAGAGGCAAUCAUCGCAUGUCGCAAAGCCGCCGAGGCAAAGAAUUCGCCUUGCCAGAUCCUGCUGUUUCCCUGGGCCCAGGAGUAUGCAUACGAUAACCUGGUGAACCUGGCGGCCGACGUGUGCCGGUCCGCCAAAGUGCCCAUGUCACUACACCUGGAUCACGCCCAAUCGGCCGAGGCGAUCAAGGCCGCCGCCCAGACGGGCAAAUUCGACUCCAUCAUGGUCGACAUGUCACACUAUGAGAAAGAGGAAAACCUUGCCCGGACAAAGGACUUGGUCAGCUAUUGUCACGAGUUGGGCAUCGCAACCGAGGCCGAGCCCGGCCGCAUCAACGGUGGCGAGGCUGGCGUCCAGGACACGGGGGAUCUUGAGGGAAUCCUGACCACCCCCGAGGAGGCUUUGCAGUUCAUCGCCACUGGCAUCGACUUCCUGGCCCCCGCCAUUGGCAACGUCCACGGACCCUACAAUGGCGUGGAGAACAUCCAUCUCGACUUCCCCCGCCUGGCCCGCAUUCGUGAUGCCAGUCUGGGCAAGGUCACCUUGGUCAUGCACGGAACCAACGAGUUUACAGCCGACAUCUUUAAACAGUGUGUCGAGGCCGGUAUGACCCGCCUCAACGUCAACCAGAUUGUUCUGUGGAAGUACGAAAAGUAUGCCCAGGAAAAGGCCGGCCGGACACCUCUGACUCAAUUCAUGGAGGAGGGUACCGCCCUGAUACAGGAGCGCAUCGAAUGGAUGAUGGAUGCUGUGGGAAGUACGGGAAAGGCCGCUGAUGUGGAAAAUGUAAGAAGACUUUAGCAACACAAUCGCUGCAAAUAAAACGCAAUGGGUCAUAGAUGGGAAUCCACGCUUUGAUACAUAGCACCACGUCCAGGGAGCUGUGCCCCUG